GUGGAGUGGGCCCCGUAUAUAAGCGGCGGUGGGGAGCGCGCCGGCUGCGGUUGCUCCGAACGCAGCGCCACAGCGGCGACGCGGCCACACUCAGUACUCAGUAGCGGGCCCGACAGCGCGCCGAACACACGCGACUCCACUCGACGCAGCGCGCAGCCAAUCACCUGACGAGACCGCCCGACGCUCCGUCCGCCACCGCCACCGCCCCCGCGCGCACAGACGCCACCGCCCGACGCGACGCCGGCGGCGCACACACGAGCAUCCGACAGACGCCCUAGCGGGACGACGCCAGAUCCCGACGACAACAGUCACCUCUGCUGAAAGGGAGCGCGCCGAGCACUGACCGCCAGCCCGGCCUAGAAUGGUAGAGACUGACCCGCCAAAGGACCACUCCAAUGAUGUGAAGGACGAUCGUGCAAACGGCUGCUCAAAAGAUAUUGAACUUGGAGGCCUGGGAACUAAGGCUGACCAAGAAAAGACAAAGAGCAGCACAGAGAAGGCAGACUUUGAGACAGCAAUAGAACUAACAGGUUACGGAAAGUUCCACUACCUCCUCCUGACAGUUUGCGGAUUUGUGAGCACUAGUGAGGAAAUGGAUGUUAUCUCCAUGUCUUUCAUUCUCCCAUCGGCACAAUGUGAUCUCAAUCUCAACACACAGACUAAAGGAUGGCUCAACAGCAUAAUAUUCAUAGGUAUGAUGGCUGGUGCUUAUGUAUGGGGAUCAGCAGCUGACUCGCUGGGAAGGAAAAAAGUUCUCAUUGUCAUAUCUGUGAUGAAUGCACUGUGUAUAGUUGCAUCAAGCUUCUGCCAAGACUAUAUAUUUUUCAUGCUGUUCCGGUUUCUCAAUGGUGCUGCACUGGGCGGAAGUGGACCUGUCAUUUGGUCUUACUUUGCAGAAUUUCAGCCCAAGGCUAAAAGAGGUUCUAUGCUUAGCUUCAUGGCAGCUUUCUGGACAUUGGGAAACUUGUUUGUUGCAUGUCUCGCCUGGCUCAUUAUACCAUCCGGAAUAGGUUAUUACUCAACCUCAUUUACAUACAACUCAUGGCGCAUCUUUCUCCUCAUGUGUGCACUACCAAGUUUCAUUGUUGCUGUAUUGCUUGUCUUUCUGCCAGAGAGCCCCAAGUUUCUCAUAAUGAGAGGCAAGAAAGAUAAAGCACUCAACAUUUUCCAGCGCAUCUACCAAAUCAACACAGGGAAACCAGCUGAUACUUACCAGGUUAAGGAACUAAUUGUUGACCUUCCCAAAUACGAUCCAGAGAAGAGAAAGGAGAAAAAACUACUGGCAUGUUGGAAAGUUAGAGAGAUGCUUAGUGAUAUCAUGAGCAACAGCAAACAUUUGUUCAUGCCACCUAUAUUAAAAUUUACUCUCAUUUCAAUAACAAUAAACUUCACAUUCCAUAUAGGGUACUAUGGUCUCAUGAUGUGGUUUCCUGAACUCUUCAACCGCUUUGAUGAAUAUGGGCGCAUGCAUCCUGGACAGUCAGCAUCUGUGUGUGAAGUGACGGAUUUUGUAGUGAAGUAUGGUUCACAUUCAGAUGAGAAUGUAUGCAGUGAUAAAAUUGAGAGCCAAGUCUUCAUGGAAUCAUUGAUCACAGUUGCUUCUGCCAUACCCAGUAAUAUCAUCGCUGUUCUUGGCAUGGAUCAUUUGGGCCGUAAAUUCUUCCUAGUCUUCAGUACAUUCACAUCAGGCUUAUGUGCAGUUGGAAUGUACUUUGUAUACAAUUCCAAGCAAAACUUAGCGGUGUCUGCUGUGUUUAGUGGUGUUAUAAGCUGUGGAAAUGCAGCCCUUGACUGUCUCAUCACAGAAAUUUUUCCGACACACCUCAGAGCCACAGGUGUUGCUGUAUCUAUGGUGGCAGCUAGGUUAGGUGGAAUAAUAGGAAACAUUGUAAUUGCACAGCUGCUGGACCUGUACUGUCCGGCACCAACCUUCAUUGUUGCAUGCCUUCUAAUCGGAGGGGGGCUCCUGUGUCUACUUCUGCCAAACACAACAAGGGAACCUUUAUCUUGACACUUGCCUGCGAUGACAGAGCUUAUCAACUACUGUGUGCAUUUGCACAAACUUGCCAUAAAACUGAGAGACCAAUUUCAGCAUUAUUUGACUUGGAUACGGCAUUGCUUCUUUUACACCUUGAAGCAUGCAGCCAUUGUUAUAGUUCUCUCUACUUAACCACUCAUGCAGAGUUGACUGUUGGUAAUGAAACUGUAAAUACCAGAUAUUUCUCAAACAAAUGUAAAAUAUGUAGAUUUUAGAUGUAAUUUGUUAUGUUAAAGGAAAAAAUAUGUGGCUUGGUUUAGCUUUAACAUUAUACAUUUAUUUGCCAAAAGAUGGCAAUUUUUGAUUGACCAGGAUUAAAGGAUGAAAAUUCAAAACACUGUUACAAUAAAAAAUAAAAAACACACACACACACACACUUCUUUCUGUUUACAAUGCCUGUAAAUUUAUAUCAGUCAGUCAGAAAUAAGGUUCUGUGUCCAGUAGACAAUAAGCAUUAGAUAAUAAAAACAGAAAUUCCAAAUGCUCAGGGAAACAAUAAAUUUCUCUCUUAUGACAUUUUAACCAAACAGGAGGAUACUACAUUAGAAUAUUGAACACAAAAACAAAUCAUUAUUGCUACUUUCUGUACACACUAUGAUUGUGGAUUGUCUGUACAAAGACUUCUGUAGAAUAAGUAGGAAUAAAUAUUAUUUAUGAUGACAAGUGCAAAAUGUAAAAUCAUGCUGCUCUACAGUGUUGUUUGUAAAUGUUUCACUGCACAGCUACAGUAUUUCUUCCAGAACAUUUUGCAAUUCUGUUUCCCCUGUUAAUAAUUUCACAAUAUUAGACUAUAAAAUUUAUAGAAAAUAUACCAAAAUUGUUAAGUUUGUAAGUGAAAAGAAGUAACUAUUUGUUAUGCUGCUGUGUAAAAUGUAUAUAUUUAUUGUUCAAAAGAAGUGCUGUAAAUAAGUAUAUUACUUCCCAAAAGGUGCUUAGUCAACUGUGAUAAGAUAAAUCUCCAACUUUUUGUAUCUUUCUGUUGUAUCAUUUGUUUUCCAAGAGUAUAAUCUAGAUUUUUGUUUGAAUCAAUGUCAUGAAUCAGAUAGAUAUCCAGUUUUAUCUAUUUGAAUACUUUGACUAAUCAGUCCUGUUUUUAAGACUGUGCAAAUUACUACAUAUUAUCAUUCAAUGGCAGCUUUUUAAUUUGAACACUGGUCUGUUAAAAAAAGAAAUAUUGCUAACAAAGUUCAACUCAAUCAUAAACUAGUCAUUUUACAUUAAGUAACUAAUAUCUAUGGAGUGCAUGUGUUAUGAAUUUCUGUGAAUCAUGUUUCCUGAAAUAGUGUUAUAAAAAGACUAUGCACAUUUUGAGUAUUGUAUAUAGCUUGUAAACUGAAUGUAGUAAUAUAAGAAAAUGACUUGCAGUAACCACAAUAGUCAAUCAAAUACAAAACAAUAAAAGUUCAAUUAUAAUACUAUUUGAUGAAAUAUAUAUAUUUUUUUCUCAAAAGUUACUCAUUCAUGAUCCUAUCAUGCACAAUGUAUGGUCAGUAUCAUACUCAACAACUUUUUUGGUAAUUUUUUUUUUCAUACACACCCAGCUUCACAGCUGGGAUUGCUUAUGCACCCUGGGGUAUCUGGUUCCAGUCCUGAUGACAGAAGAAAUUUUCAUCGCUAGUAUUUUGUCGGCGAGGAGAAAUGGUGGUGACCAGUUCUUCAUUGCCAGACUUUGCGCUCGUGUCCUGGUUUAAUUUUGCAGUACAAGCCUCUCAAUAGUGUCUCAUAAAGUCAGAGCAUAUGACACAGCUGAUGGUGAUUUGCCGAUUGUAUGUGGAUUUUAAAUCCUGACGGCCCCCUCAGUGCAGAACGAUAGGUGUGCUAGCUCUGGGUUUCACCUUGUCCCUUCCAUUCAUCCACAACACUGCUUUACACUCAUAGCACAAGAUUACACGGUCAAAGCACUCAUCUCUGUUGUCCACACAACACAGGUACACAAUUUAUACUUUAUGACAUACCAGAGGAAGGCAACAGCGAGCCACCUCCCCUAAGAAUUUGCCUUGUGUGGCAAUGCAGGAUUCCCACAUCUGCCCCAAUGCUCAUUUCCUGAGUAUGGGACUAAUUUAGAUAGUGUCCAUACAUAUUCAUCAUUACUGGCACUUCACUUUUUUACACCUCAAGAACUUACAUAAAAAGAGGCAUACUUAUCAACAGUUUCUAUUCAUCAUUGCACAAGGGCAAAUAUUUUCCCAUGGUAAACAUCAGUGUCUUGGCUAUUGGUUCACAGAAUUUAGAAUAGCAUUUACUUCUUCAAAGCAAGAUUUGUUUUGUCAUCCAAACAGAUGGCAGUUUGAUAGCUCGAGCUCUUUACUCUAAUUUUUCCUGAUUAGUGAUACUCAGUGCCACUUCCACUGCACAGUAGUCAGUUGACACUGCUGAUUAGUAAUACAAAUCAUAACAGUCAAUCCCAUCAGACAAUGAAGACAAGUAGAAAAACAACCACAAAAUCAUGCCCUCAUUGCAUCAGCACAUGCAUUCGCAGUCACAUGUAUAACAAGAAAUUGCGUAAUUAAUCAGUAUGUAGUGAGUCACAAUAAUAUUCGUAUUAAACAAAUGAAGAGCCAACUUAAGAAACAAGAAAAAGCUUCAUUUGAGUGCCAAAUUGUUUGCAGUUCCUUUACAAUACCUGAUGGUAUUUUUGUUCUGUUGUAACUAAAGGAAAUGCAUGUUUUUUGUUUUUGUUUGUUCACCAGAAACAUUUUGCUUAAUUGAGGUAAAGUAUCAGCAGCAGUGUGUAAUUAAAUAUAUUUACAAUUUGAUUUGUUUUUAAGAUCAAAAAUCAAUGUGUUAACAAUAUGUUGCUUUUUACUUAUGGUGAUUUCCACUUGGCUUUUCUCUCGCAUCAGGAAAUGCCAUCUGCUAGCACAUCUUUUGUGUUUUUCUUCACUAGACGCUGAUACUUGUUGUCUAUUUUUAGCUUCUCUGGAGAACUAUGCAUUUCUUAUGAAAAUGUGGGCUGUGUAAAACAUAAUAAAUGCACAGUUCUGCAGAGGAACCAAAAAGUAGACAACAAGUAUCAGUGUCUAAUGAAGAAGAACACCAAAGAUGUCCUGAUGUAGGAGAGAAACUAAGUGGGAAUCACCAUAACUAAAAAACAAUAUAUUUUUCAUGAACUGGUUUUUGAUCUUGGAAACAUAUCAAAUUGUAAGUAUCUUUAAUUACAGAUCACUGAUGAUGCUUUACCUCAAUAAAGCAAAAUGCAUCUAGAGAAAAAAAUACACAUUUUCUCAUAGUUGCAACAACAGAACAAAAAUACUCUCUGGAAUAGGAGAAGGUGCCUCUGAAGAAUACAGCUAUUUUAGUUGUUGAAAGGAAGUUAAUUUUGUUUCCAAACUGCCAGUUACAAAAAUAAAUAAAUAAAAUGGAAUGGCUUACUACAUGUUACAGACAGGGAUGGAUACGAAACAGGUACCUUCUUUUGCGGACUGUAAGGCACACUAUUUUCUUCAAAAAAAAUUGCCUCCAAAAUUCAGGUGCAUCUUCUACUCAAAUUAAUAUAAAAAUGUCCAGUUUUUUAUUUCAUAUUCCCACCAGUCUUAAAAAUGGCCAAGUAUUCAAUGCUGCAGAAAACCAAUCACUAUCUGGCAACACUGGAUUCAAGUGGCCACAACAGUGCACCGAUUUGACUAACAUCAGUUGUGGGGAUUCACACACUUGCUAACACUACCUCCCUCCCACCCUGCCACAACAAACCCAGAACACUGUCUAGCCUAUGAUGCAUCAUUGCAGUCAAUGGUGCCUUUUGUAAUCCUUGCUACUAUGUCUUUCUUCCACCUCCUGUCUCAUGAGAAAAAAUGCUGAAAAUUAGGAUCCAAAAGUAGGUUACUGAAGUUGGAAGAAGGGUUAAGCAAAACCCAAAUGAGUAUCAGAAGCACAGCAAAAAAUGAAGACUAAGUGGAACUAAACUCAAGGCAACUGCUUUACUACAGAGAAAGACAACAUGGAGAAAAUGAAGAUAUAAGUUUUACUGUAACAAGGAAAUUUAAAACAACACUACAGAUAUUAAAAGAACUCUAGACGUAAUAGCAAAACAUUUUUUGUUGAUGUGUUCCUCAGGUAUUAAGAAAUUGUAGAAAUGGUGUUAUGUAUCACCUACAUAUUGUGAAUUGGGUGUUAUUCAUCUCAUGACAUACAUUUGCAAUCCAUUUAGUUUGCUUACAGGAGACAUGUCAAAAAUUUAUAAUACAGUUACAAUGAUUUCAUAUUAAUAAAUAAUAACACUAUAAGAAUA